UUGGUGGCGAUUCGACGCAGAAUCCGACCGGAACAGACAAGAAAGCCACUGACUUGUAAUGCCCUGUUUGGUCUCGGUGUGCCUGAGCUCGCUGUGAUUGCUGGCGUCGCUGCUUUGCUUUUUGGACCUAAGAAGCUUCCUGAGAUUGGCAAGAGUAUUGGUAAAACCGUCAAAAGCUUUCAGCAGGCUGCAAAAGAGUUCGAGUCUGAGCUUAAGACGGAACCUGAAGAUUCUGUUACCGACUCAUCUCCAGUAGCAAUGAGUAACAAAGAAGAGGAGAAGAAAGCUGAGGUUUCUUCAAGCUCAAACGAGAAUGUAUGAAGAUGAGAGACUUUAGUGUUUCCCCUGUAGCUUACAACAAUUUUUAUGGGAUGAUGAGUUUUUAGAUCAAAUACUCUUUUUGGAAGAAACGAAAUGUCCUUCCAAUGAAAAGUAUAAUCAGUUUGUGUUUGAAUCCAUAAAACUCUCUUUUCAA